AUGGCCUCACAAGAACGGAUUCCACUAUCUUCAGUAUCAACUAGUACUGUGAUGCAAUCAGCUCCCCCUGAUGACGACGUUGAGAUUGCAAUUGACAAUGAUCCAAAUGACCCUUACAACUGGCGAUUCGCACGCAAACUUAGGAUCGGUACCAUCGCCUCGUUCGGGCAGCUCGUCGCCUACAUGUCCGCGAGCAUGAUCGCACCAGCACUGGUCGAUCUCGAACACGAACUCCACGUCGACGAUACUGUUUCACAGCUGAUUAUGUUGAUAACAUUCUUGGGUUUCGGGAUCGGACAGUUCGUCUUCGCUGCACUGGGAGAGAUUUUGGGACGGCGGCCCGCAUGGAUAGCGGGCAAUACAUGGUUUAUCUUUUGGAACACUAUUGCCCCGGUGGGAAACUCGACACAGUUGUUGGUGGUUGCUCGAUUGAUGGCCGGUAUAGGUGCCAGCGUCAACAUAUUACUCGCCGUACCUAUAAUGCAGGAUCUUUUUGACGAAGAUGAUCGCGGCGAGUCCUUAGCCGUCGUAUCGUCUUUGACGUAUUUUGGCCCAGCAUUAGGACCUAUUCUAGGAGGGCUCGUCUUGCAGAAACUUCGCUGGCGUUGGAUAUUCUGGACCUUGAGUAUCGGUAACACUGCCGUCGUUGUCAUGGGAUAUUUCUUGCUCGAAGAAACCUACGCCCCCUCUCUUCUCAGUCAGAAACGCGCAGCAAAAGCUGCCCAUGCAUCGACGUCGCCACUAUGGAAGCUCUGGCAAUCCAUGAGAGCCGCACAGCAAGAGACCGAUCUUGGCGAACAUUUCUUCCGCCCCUUCCGGCUCUUUGUGACUCGACCUAUCGUCUACCUCAUCACCGGAGUUCUCGCACUUGAUAUGGCCGCAUACUGCAUCAUGCUGUCUUCCAUCUCGAAACUCUAUACCGAGAAAUAUCAUACCUCCAAGUUCACCAGCAGCUUGCAUUACAUUGCUGUCGCCAUUGGUGCAACCAUCAACGGACAGAUCGGGAGCAAGAUCCUGGACCGCAUCUUCGCCAUGCUCAAGCGCCGCAACACGGGCGUCGGCCAGCCUGAGUUCCGCGUCCCAUAUCUCGUCUCGGGCCUUCUCCUCAUGCCCGUCGGCCUCCUUUGGUACGGCUGGUCCGCGCAGCACGGCCUUUCAUGGGUCAUGGUCGACUUUGGCAUAGGCCUGUUCACGCUCGGCAGCUUCACGACCGCGCAAGCGGUGAACUCGUAUCAGGUGGAUGAGUUCAAGGAACUCAGCGCGAGCGCGCUGGCGGCGACGUUAUUGUUGCAAAAUAUUCUGGGGUUCCUGGUGCCGAUUUGGGCUCCAAAGAUGUAUGAGGCGUUCGGGUAUGGGUGGGUGAAUAGCCUCGUGGCGCUGGUCAUGCUUCUUGUGGGGUUGCCGAUGGCGGCGGUGCUGUGGUUCUGGGGGGCUAGAAUUAGGGCCAUGGGGCGGAAGGAUGAGUAGUUCGAGUAGUGAUGGGUGGGAUUUUGGAGCGUGGUGUUCUUGGGUUGGGUGCUAAUGAGAGCUUGAUGUUUCUCUGUUGAUGUG